AUCUUCCCUCCUUCCUUCCUUAGAACAACUGUUCAUUUCCAAAUCUCGCCCAAAUUGGAUAGAAGAGAGCUCAAAAACCACGACUAUUCAAAUGGCGCAAGCGGCAAGACUCAGCCUCCGAAUGCAGAAAGAGCUCAAACUUCUAAUCACCGAUCCUCCUCCGGGCGCCUCUUUCCCUCUUCUCUCUUCCUCAUCUUCCGCCGCCGCCGCUCCCUCUCUCACCUCAAUCGAUGCUCAGAUCCAAGGUCCCGAGGGAACGGUUUAUGAGAAAGGGCUAUUUAAGCUUCAGAUUCGCAUUCCAGAAAGGUACCCCUUUCAGCCUCCAAUUGUUACCUUUCUCACACCGAUCUAUCAUCCGAAUAUCGAUGGUGGAGGGAGAAUUUGUCUUGACAUUCUCAACUUACCUCCCAAAGGAGCGUGGCAGCCAUCAUUGAACAUUUCAACUGUGCUAACAAGCAUAGGGUUGUUACUGAGUGAACCCAAUCCUGAUGACGGGCUGAUGUGUGAUGCAAGCAGGGAGUACAAAUAUAACAAACAUAUAUUCGACCAAAAGGCCCGGGAUAUGACUCAGAAACAUGCUAUGGCUGGAGGAAGUGGAAGCGGCUGUAGUGGCGUUACAAGCAUUAAAUCAAAUAUAGAACCUAUCAAUACAGAAAUUCAGAAGUCCAAUGAUUUCAGUAAGAAGUGCUCUUCUGGUUUGGAAAUAGUUAUAGAGAACAAUACAGAUGUUAAAAGACCGACAGAAGGAUCAUCAGAGAAGUUUUCGGAUUAUAGAACAAAGAGGAAGCUAUCUCUGCAUGCAUCAUCAUGUUCAUCUUCCGAAGACUUUCCUCUUCCCGAGUCUUGCAAUACUGAACAAAAAGUGUCUGAAAAAGGUUAUGGUUAUGGAAUAGGGAAUUAUUGUGUAAAUACUGCAAAACCCAAUAGGCUAAGCUUGGGUGGUAGGAAUAAGACCUUUUUAGCAGAAAUAGGGUUUUCUGAAGAUUGUAAAAAUGACUAUAAAGAGAAUAUUACAGCAGUUCUUCCACUUACACACAUCAAGAGCCUCUAUGGAGAAUCAUCAACAACUUCGUCUAUGGUGUCAAAGGACGAUAAGAAGCGGAUGCAUAUAGCUAGUGAUGAAGAUGACUGCAUUCCUCUGCAGAAUAAUGAAUCAGUGAUUGUUUUGGACAGUGAAGACAGUGAAGAGGAACAAGAUAAUGUCCCUUCCAGGACUAGAUUGUGUCUUGCACGGAAGCCCUUGAAAAAGAAGGGUAAGCGAACAAAAUCCUAAGAGUAGAAUAUCCAUUUCAUACAUGUUUAUUCAGAUCUUGACAUAAACUGAUAAACCUGAAUGCUCUUAGCUGUUUUUGAGACUUUGUUUUUGCAAGUUGAUGUUGAAACAUAUAGAAAAACAUGUGCAAAUGAUGAUUUACAACUUAAUAUGUCUACAUCCCACGUUUUUUUAUGCUAAUCUCCCUAAUGGGU